UCUACCCGAAUCAAAUAUGGUGGCUGUCGGCUUCAAUACGUUAACGUAUGCUUUACGGCAAACCUAGUGUCGCGAGGGAGCGAGAGCCGAGGACGUCUGGAGCUCUGCAGCCAUGCCGUUUAUUGAUGUACAAGGCAAGCUGGGGAUCGAUGUAGACAAAUGGCUCUUGCUUCAGAGUGGAAAACAGCCAUACCGUCAAGCUGCAAGGUGCCACGCCUUUGAAAAGGAGUGGGUGGAAUGUACCAGUGGCAUUGGGCAGAUCCGGGCACGUAAGGAGUGCAAGCUGGAAUAUGAAGACUUCAAUGAGUGUCUGCACAGGACCAAAACGUUUAUGCGAUUGGAAGCAGUUAAAAAUCAAAAGAAAAAGCUGGAGAAAGAAGGAAAAUACAAGGCAACAGAUCGCAGCAAAGAAGAAAACCAACCAUAAUCUUAAAAGACUGAUAAAGGCAUAAUUGCUGGCAUAUUUACCAACUCCAACUUUACAUUAUUAAAAUGUUCCAUGCCAUGA